UUCACUAGUGAAUCAUGAAGGUGAAGAUACAGUGCUGGCGUGGAGUUGCCACAUGGCAGUGGAUGGCAAAUGAUGAGAACUGUGGUAUCUGCAGAAUGGCUUUCAACAGCUGCUGUCCUGACUGUAAGAGUCCUGGAGAUGACUGCCCACUUGUUUGGGGUCAAUGUUCUCACUGUUUCCAUAUGCAUUGCAUUUUGAAAUGGCUUAACUCUCAGCAGCUCCAACAGCACUGCCCCAUGUGUCGUCAGGAAUGGAAGUUUAAAGAGUGAACUUUUGUGUGUGUGUGUGUCAGGGAAGAGGGAAUAAAGUUGAACAGCAUAAGUCAGUUAAGUGGAACAGAAGAUCUUGGAAAUAUGCCCACAGUACCCAGCCUGACAAGGGACAGUUUCUUUGACCGGACGCUUUAUCAGCCCUCCUUUAACAAGAAUGAAAUGACAUACACAAACAGUGUAAAAAAAAAAAAAAAAAAAAAAAAGAUUAAGAAGGUAUUUAUUGGUGUUCAAUCAUGAUUUCUCUUAUUUUAAUAUACUUUAUUGUAUUUUGCCAUAAUUUGACAGAUUUGUUGCAUUUCAUUUGUUUUUGUUACUGUUUUAGAUGUUUAAAUAAAACAAUGUAUAUUGAA